GUCGUCGUCAUAAGUGGUAAGUUUGCGUCAUUCCACAUUCCUAUGGUAAUGAAUUGGGUCAAAUGAUUGUCUCUCAUCUGUUUUCCCGACCCCGUUGAAGCUUUCACGCCCUGUCGUGAUGUUUUCCUCCUUUCGUGUUGGCUCUUGUUCUUGAUGCUUGAUACUGAAACUAUGUCCACAACAGUUAUCUUUCUUGCACUCCUUUUGUCACUCUCUGCCCUAGCAUGGUGGCGCCCUACCUCUCUGAAUUCGCUCCGUGCAAUCCCAUCCCAUGGCCCUUCUCUACCCACUCAUAACACAGCUAUACCUGUCCACUCUACUGCAACCCCUGCUCGUAGCGUUUCCCACUCCGGGCGACUAUGGAGUAUGUGGGUCUUAUUCUACCAUUGGUGGGCACAUGUAUCCAACACUGGCAUUUACCGCAAUCCUGCCAUUGUUAUCGUGCACCAUGAACCAACUGUAUUUAGUGCCGCCCGAGUAUCUGCCCAAGUCUCAUCGGCAGGCAUACGCACAGAGGUACACACUCGCUCGCCAAGCUUCACUACUUUCGCACCCACUUCCGAGUCUAUCUCAGGGGCACCCAGUAUCAUCAACACUAUUGUUGACAACGAAGUCAUAGAGCUUCAUAUGCUUGGUGGCAAAGGCCCGAGCACGUCGUCAUUCGCAGUGACCGACAAUGCAGACACCGCUGACACUCACGGUGUCAUGCUAUCCGCCACAGAGCCCAUCGCCCACACAGACGUGAGCGCUUUGUCUGAGGCCACUAACUCAUCUUCUACUACCGAAUUCCAUAUCGUAGAAAGUUGACAUCGCUGAAGUUGCUUUGCGAUAACCCAGCUAAGUGUACCCGGUGUUGCACGGCCAUUGACAAACGAAGCGGCGAAAGGUGGGGUUGAAGGCGGUGUGGUGAGGGAUACGUCAAUUAGUAGAGAUUUUUCGAGUAGAAGAUGCCAACGCCACGCUGUACAUGUAUACGGGCCUGUGCUCGACGUAGUGUGAGAGCCCCAAAACACUGCUUUCGUUUUGCUGUGUACACAACUCAGUAGCCUAACAGAAGGUUCUUUGAACAAGCACAGCACGCU